UACCAUGUUUAGUUUUUAAUAAAGAUAGCCUAAUUUCAUCCAAAUUUUGGCCAAUCCCCCACAAUGGGUGUGCGCCAUCGCAUAAGGAAUACCAUACCAUACCAUACCACUGGGCGAAGAAGGCGCUGAACCAAGGAAGUCGAGAUCGAAGAGUUGAGCUGGAGGAGGACACCGGUGGCUCUGCACCAGCCGAGUUCGAUCCUCCAAGCCCGCGGCUGUGCACCGUGGUCGCAGCAAAGGCUUGGUCGGAGGACAACGGUCCCGUCCUAUGCUACGGGGACAACCUCACCCUCACCGACGGCAACACUCGACAAGCCUGACCUGUUCUACUGAGACGGCCCUCAGCAGCUCAGCAGAGAUGCCAGUGGUGCACCGAGCAAUGCGGAGCUGCACCGACUAGGACAUUGUGACCUAGUCAUGGACUUCGGCUAUUCCUGCGAGACAUUCGAGUACACCACAGAAGACGGAUACGUCCUCGAAGCGGAUCGGGUAGCCGCGCCAAAGAAAGGAAUUGGAGCAAACCUCUUUGCCCCGCAUCACAACCCUAUCAUACUAGUGCCUGGCAUAUUAUCCGAGUGUGGCACGUGGUUCCUGAACUUCCCAUCACAGAGCCCAGGCUACCUCCUGGCUGAUCACGGUUUCGACGUGUGGGCCAUGAACACGCGGGAGAUUGCGGCCCGCUCCCGCAGCAUCCACAAUCUGCAGCAGAAUGACGACCGGUACUGGCAGUGGAGCUUUAACGAGAUCGGCCGUUACGACGUCGCUGCUGCCAUUGACCUCGUUCUAAACACCACGGGCGCUCCCAAAGUGACAUUGCUGGCAUUCUCGCAAGGAUUCACUUCUAGCCUCGUCCUCCUUUCCACAAGACCGGAGUACAAUGACAAGGUCGACCUCCUUAUGGGCUACGGUCCAGUGGCAAACUUAUCGGGAAUCCAAUUCCCUUUUCCCGAGAUCAUCGCAUUCUCUGAUCCAAUCUUCCUGCUCCUCGAUCCAAUAGGCGACAGCGGAUAUUUCUUCCUUCCCGAUGCACCCCGAGAUGCGAUGCAGGCAAUCUGCGACAACUACAAGGGAGAGCUGUGCUCCACUUCCCUAGUUGUCACAAUGGUCAGCAGUCCGGAGGAAGUGAACAAGACGCGAAUGUCAGUCAUCCUUGCUCACUACCCUAUCGGAACGUCUUAUCAGAACCUCCGCCAUUUUGCACAGGUGCACAGAUCCAAAAGAUUCGCCAUGUAUGACUAUGGAAUGAUACAAAAUUUGCAAGAGUAUGGACAGAUGGUGCCUCCCGACUAUCCCGUGGAACAGAUUAGAGUUCCCGUGGCGCUGUUCUCGUCAGAGGGCGACACAGUAGCCGACCCAGAUGACGUUGCUGCCCUCGCUGAGGCACUUGAUCCAACGCUGCUCUUCCACCACAUUGUGCCUCCAAAAGACUUCCGCCAUAUGGACUUCGUGCUGGGCCAUCGAUGCACAGAUAUCCUUCACGAAAAAAUGCUUGGCACCAUCGACGGAAAUAUUCCAACAAGAUAACGGAGAGUUUUUGCUGAACGUUUGCCGUCCGCUCCGCUCAGACCAGCAUACGCUAGUAAUUUUGAGAACAGCUGCUUAGCGGGAACGCCAUUUCACUCGCGCACAACGCUGAUGCCGCCGAUGUUCGCCUCCUUCGCUUCGCUUACGAAGGCGAUUGAGCGGAGCGUGAGAGCGCGGCUACUUGGUUUCUCGGUCAUUCUGCAGCCGACCAGAUAGAGCGUCGCUCGCUAAGACACACUUAUCAAAUGCGAAAUCUACGCAGUUCCCUGCAGUGACUCAGCGUGGGAAAUCGGAACGGAGCGGAGAGCAAGCGGUACUAAAACUCUCUAAUAACGGAAACGACGUCGUCGUCUUCGCACAGAGUUCACAUUUCGCCGAAAACUUUGUGAUGCAUAAUGUCAUGAGCUUUAAAAAUGCUUAGAGGUGAAAAUAAAGUCCAGCAGUUUUGCAAA